AACAACAUUUCAACAACAAACAAACACUAAUCACACAAAGAAAACAAACGCGAUUCUUUCUUUCUUUCUUUCUUCCCCCAAUGCCAUAUAACUAACUGCAUUUCCAAACGCAAACGCAAACGCAAAACGCAGAAUAAGCGAUUCUAUAUUCAAACUUAUUUUCCAUAAUCGCGUUUCUCAAUUCACUUAUGGCUGAUUCAACACCUACCGAUUCCGUGUCGGUGGAUAUUGAUUCCAUCUCUCCUUCACCUAAGGAGCAUAUUAUCAGAACAUGUCAUGGUUCUGUCUCUGUUGCUGUGUAUGGGGACCAGGACAAACCAGCUCUAAUCACCUAUCCUGAUUUGGGUUUAAAUUACGUCUCCUGCUUUCAGGGGUUAUUAUUUUGUCCAGAAGCAUAUUAUUUGCUGCUCCACAAUUUUUGCAUAUAUCACAUUAGUCCACCUGGGCAUGAGUUGGGAGCAGCUGCAAUUGAUCCAGAUUAUCCUGUUCUAUCUGUAGAUGACUUAGCGGAUCAAAUAGCUGAGGUGCUUAACUUUUUUGGUCUUAAUGCAGUUAUGUGUAUGGGAGUAACUGCCGGGGCUUACAUUCUUACCUUAUUUGCUAUGAAAUAUCGACAACGUGUUCUUGGUUUGAUACUUGUUUCUCCUCUAUGUAAAGAACCAUCUUGGUCUGAAUGGUUGUACAACAAGGUCAUGUCAAAUUUACUGUACUUUUAUGGCAUGUGUGGGGUGGUGAAGGAAAUAUUGCUGAAGCGGUAUUUUAGCAAGGAAAUCCGCGGUGGUACUCAAUUUCCGGAGUCAGAUAUAGUCAAAGCAUGCCGAAGGUCUUUGGAUGAGAGGCAAAGCUUGAACGUGUGGCGGUUCCUUGAAGCUAUUAAUGGGAGACCUGACCUAAGUGAAGGAUUGAGAAACCUACAUUGCCGGUCACUAAUUUUUGUUGGGGAUAUGUCUCCAUAUCACUCAGAGUCACUCCAUAUCACUAAAAAGUUAGACAGACGAUUCAGUGCCUUAGUUGAGGUUCAAGCAUGCGGGUCAAUGGUAACAGAGGAGCAGCCCCAUGCUAUGUUAAUACCAAUGGAGUACUUUCUCAUGGGGUAUGGUCUGUACAGGCCAUCCAGGAAGAGUGUCAGCCCAAGAAGUCCCUUGAGUCCAUCUUGUAUUUCUCCUGAGCUUUUUUCACCUGAGAGUAUGGGUUUGAAAUUGAAACCUAUAAAGACUAGAAUUACUGGGGAAAUUUAAAAGUGGAUGAAUAACGAUGGUUGGUUGGCAAUUUGCUUCCCCGUCCGAUCUGUUUAUGAAACAAGUUCAUUUUUCUAUGAUUAGAAUGGGAAAUAUGAUGAAAUAGGGAAUGUCCUAUGGUUGUAGAUAAUGGAAUAUAAGGAAAUAAGAAAUCAACAAAAGGAAAGAAAAGGCAAGAGUUUAGAAGAAAUGAACAGAUAGUAAUUCAUUUAUUUGUAAUCAUAGAUUUUAGUCAAUGAGUCUGAAGCAUGAAGUUGACAGCUUCAGAAUUGUUUUUUUUUUUUUUUUUUUUUUUUGUAUUUUCUUUUGCUAAAGGAAGUUGUGAGUACAAUUGUAAAGCAAACAUGGAGGCAUAAAUAGUCUAUCCCCUAGCAAACAUGGGGCAUAAAUAGUCUAUCCCCUACUUUGAAAAAGAAGUUGUCGGCAAUCGACGUAUUUUUCACUGUCUAUAUAUUUUAUUGGCUGUUUUGUCUA